AUAACAAUAUAAUCAUCCCUUAUGGAAGUGAAGUAACAAUUACUACCUGCAUUAGCAAUGCUUCCUCUUAAGUUUAAAUAUCGUUACAACAUUUGUCUUUUAUAAUAAGCUUCUACUUGACACCUUUCUCUAAUAGAAUGGAAAGUGGAGACAUUUCCAGUCUGACAGGUGCUGGUGCAGAUGUGCACGGCAUCCUGUAUUGUGAUGGAAACAAAUUUUAUAACAAUUUAAAUAGUGAUCAGUCUUAUUUAAAUAAAUACAACGCAAAUUUAGAAUUAGAAAAAAGAAACUUUGAUUUCCAAACUAAUAUUGAUGGGUUGUCGGGCUCCAAGACUGCAUUACGAGAUGUAAACUCUUUAGACUUUAAUGAAAUGCAAAAACCUCAUUUCUCAGAUGAGGACUACGUCCCGAUUAAAACCCCAGAUAGCUUUAAAAAUGACUCAGAUUCUGUCAAUAAAAGUUUAUCUGAUGAGUUUCUAGAGUCGGGUGAUAAUAGUAAACAUAGUGUUAGUAACAGAUCAUAUUUUCCAAAUAGUAGUUUAGAGUCAUUAGAUAUGAUAGAGUCUCCACAGUCACUGAUGCAUCACAGUACAUGGCCUGUAGAAAGAGGAAUUUCCAGUUGGGCGAACACAAAUCAUGCUCAGAGUUUUGACUUUCAAAAAGGCUAUCAAUCACAACAGUGUAAUAAAAGUUUACCAGUGCAUUUGUAUUCCAGCAUGGAGAGUCCAGAAAUGUUUGGUUCUAAAGUGAAAUGUGUAUACUCUUUAUUAUCUAUGUUAGGGUCACAGAAUUCAAUUGAUAUGAGCAGUGAAUUUCUAGAAAUGAGUAAGAAUUUGGAAUGUUGUGUUGCAAUGCGGCAAAGUGGGUGCAUUCCAUUGCUGGUGCAACUUGUACAUUCAGAUCCUGAUGCAAGUACGAAACAAAAAGCUGCUUUAGCAUUAUACAAUGUAAUAAGAGCCAAUCCUGAUGAUAGAUCUGGGCGUAGAGAAGCUAAAGUAUUUAAACUUCUACAACAAAUUCGUGUUUUCUGUGACUUGCUUCGGCUUCAAAUAUCUGAGAACGAAAUGAAUAAAAUGGAUUUUAAUGCACAGAACGGUCAAGAUAUACACCCAACAUCAGUUAUUGGAGUUUUAACCAAAAUAAGUUUUGAUGAAGAGCAUAGGCAUGCCAUGUGUGAUUUAGGGGCAUUGCGUGCAAUUGCUGAUAUAAUCACUUUGGAUCAUGCAGCUCACGGUAAUAUUACUAUGAAUAUGAGUUGUAUAACAAUAAGAAGAUAUGCAGGAAUGGCAUUAACAAAUCUUACUUUUGGUGAUGGUAAAAAUAAAUCACUUUUAUGUUCUUUUAAAGAUUUUUUGAUGGCACUUGUCGCACAGUUGUAUUCUGAAAAUGACGAACUAAUGCAAGCAUCUGCAAGUGUUUUAAGGAACAUGUCAUGGAGAGCCGAUGCCUCUAGCAAACAAAUUCUAAGAGAUGUGGGAGCGGUAUUGGGCUUGACACAUGCUGCGAUGAAAAGCAAGAAAGAAACUACUUUAAAGUCAAUACUUUCUGCUUUAUGGAAUUUAUCAGCUCAUUGUUCUUUGAAUAAAGUUGAUAUUUGCUCUGUUGAGGGUGCCUUAGGAUUUUUAGUGGAAAUGUUAAAAUAUAAGGCCCCAAGUAAAACUCUAGCUAUUGUAGAGAAUGCUGGUGGAAUAUUACGAAAUGUAUCUAGUCAUAUAGCCCUUAGAGAGGACUACAGAGAAAUACUUCGACAUCAUAAUUGCUUAACAAUAUUACUACAACAAUUAAAAUCACCAAGCCUCAUAAUUGUCAGUAAUGCUUGUGGGACAUUAUGGAAUUUAUCUGCUAGGAAUUCAACAGAUCAACAAUUUUUAUGGGAGAAUGGUGCUGUCCCUUUAUUAAGAAGUUUGAUAUAUUCUAAGCAUAAAAUGAUAUCUAUGGGAUCAAGUGCAGCUCUCAAAAAUUUGUUAAAUGCAAAACCUGAGUGCAUCAAUUUCUUAAGUGAUUCUUCUUCUAAAGGAGUUCCAAAUCUAACUACAUUGGGUGUAAGAAAACAAAAAUCUCUACAUGAGUUAAUAGAUCAAAAUCUUUCAGAAACUUGUGAUAAUAUAGAUAGUGUGGCCGCUAAUUCUAAUGGAUAUAGCUUACAAAUACCUUGUAACAGAGAGAACAGAAAAGUAAUAAAUCGUAACUUUUUGUCGCAUAGCAGCAGUAAUUCUUUAUUGCAAAAGGCAUCUAAGUUUGAUACGCUAAAUAGAUCUGAAAGUAAAGAUUCAAUAACAAGUGCACAAUCAGACUCUGUUUAUGAAAGGGCUUUGAGGCGAUAUUUAGUGACUAUACCUGAUUAUCAUAAUGAGAUAUAUAAUAGUUCUGCCCCAAAGAUAAAUUCCACAAGUUUGAAUGAUGAAAACAUAAAGAAGAAGGAAGGUUUCAUGAGUUUCAAUGAGUAUUCAAAAAAACUACAGAAUGAAUCAAAAAUCUCCUUUUAUAAUGUACCAAUAAGAAGUAAUUAUUCAGAAGCCGAUUGCAUGGAGAUUGCACAAGAUCAGCCUAUUGAUUACAGUAGAAAAUAUUGUGAACAGAAAAUUGGCAAUAAUGACAUUGUAGAAACUGUAAGUACUACAAGGAAUAUGAAUGAAGAAAGCUUUGGUGAUUAUCAAGAAACAGAUUUGGAUCAACCGACUGAUUAUUCAUUGAAAUAUGGUGAAAAUGCAUCUGACUCAAUAACAGAUUUACCAAAAGAAGCAACCACAAAACAAUAUUAUGAAGCUCAAGAUGCUGACUUUGUACAUGAAGAUACAGUAAAAUGUUAUUAUACAGAAGGUACACCAUAUGAGACAACACCUUAUAAUUUUUCUACCACAACAUCUAUGACUGAUGUAAGAAUGUUGCCUCAAGCUGAAUCAAAUAAAAGUAACGAUGAAAAAGUUGAAGAGAUAUGUGAUAAAGUCAGAGACAAUAUGACUAUUAGUGAUGAGAAAGACACUUGUUCUGAUUACAAUGAUGCAGCUGUUGAACAAAAUAUGCUUACCAUGAAAACUGAGGAUUACACAUCAAAAUUCAGUUCAGGUAUAGGCAGUCCAGAAAAACCAGUCAAUUACUGUGAAGAAGGCACUCCAGGAUACUUCUCACGUGUUAGUUCUUUGAGUAGCUUGGAUGGCUUUAAUGGAAGCAGUUUGAAAAAUGUAGAUACUUUAAAUGAGGUUCAGGAAAACAAAUCUCCAAAUGUAUCUAGAGACAAAGGGACUUCUAGUGCUAAAGCAGUGUCUUUUGUACAAGGACCAGAUUAUGCACAAGAAACGCCAUUGAUGUUUUCUCGUAGUUCUUCUUUAGGUUCUUUAUCUAGUACUGAACACCCAGAAAUUAUAGAUGAUCAUAACUCUAUUGUAUCCGACUUCAGUAGACUGACAAGUGGUGUAGUGUCUCCAAGCGAACUGCCAGAUUCCCCAACACAAACUAUUCCUCCAACGCAACUCGCAAAGCCAAAUCAUAAAGUAGUCAUUCCUGAAGGGGAUAUUGAUAAAGACCAUGUAACAACUUAUGCGGAAGAAGGGACACCAGCACAUUUUUCUUGUGUUACCAGCUUAAGCGCUUUAACUAUAGAUGAUGAUGAAGAAGAACAUAUUUAUAAAAAUAAAUCAAGUAAUAAUUCUACAGGAAAUGAGCACCAAUUAGUAUCAGAAGGUGAUGACGAAGAUGAUGAUAUUCUUGCAGCUUGUAUCAACAUUGGCAUGCAGAAACCACGCAUAGCCAUGCCUGUUCAUUCUACUCCAAAAUAUGAACCCAAAGUUAAUAAUGAUACUGUGAGACAUUACUGUACUGAGGGUACACCACAAACAGUAUCAAAAGCACCAAGUAAUUCUGAUCUAUCAUUUAAUGAUAUGCAGUCCUUUGAAUCUGCUGAUGAAAUAACAGUAAGGAAAGGAAUCAAACAAGGAAAUGAUGCUAUGGAUGAUAUUUUAUCGGAUAGUUCAAAUUCUUCUAAUGAAAACAAGGACCUUUUAGGAGAAUGUAUACAGUUUGGAAUGCAUAAGGUUAAUAGGAAGAACAGAAAACCUGAUCAAACUAGUCCUCCUACCAAUCUGAAACAGUCUGAUAAUGCUUCAAACUAUUUGAUUCCCAAAGAUGAAUUAGCUCUUUAUGCUGUAGAAGAUACACCUUAUAAUUUCAGUGUAUGCUCAAGUAUCUCAGAUUUGACUAUAAAUUCUCUGGAUAAGCCAAAAAGUGAAAUUGGACAAAUAUGUGACUCUGAUGAUAUAUUGAAAAAGAAUAUUUCACAUGAGCCGUCUCCACAAAAAGAUUUUUCAGUCACAUCAGCAUUGGCGGAAAAGGCAAAUCUAUUGCAAAGAAUGCAGAGAACAAACGAAGAAUUAUUGGCAAAUGAUCUGCCUGUUAACAAUUUGCAUUCCUUCAGCUCAUCAAGCGUCGAAUCUUUUGAUUCCCCUGAUGGUGAAGGAAAUUUGUUUGAACAAUGUAUUAAAUCUGGUUUACCAAAACAAAAGUCAUCAAGUUCAAAUACUAAGAGAACUUCAGCACGGACUUUGAAUAAAACAUUCCGUGAUCAUGCUGGUACAUCAAAAGAAAAGAUAAGAUCACAAUAUAGAGAAAAGAAAAGUAUGUCCCAUAUUCCUACGUUUACAAACUUUAUGAAAGAAGAUCAAGAUGGAAAAAUAUCCCAAGAAGAAGUAGAUGGCUUGGACCUAUUUAAAGAAUGCAUUUACUCUGGGAUGCCAAAAAAUAGGACAGAUAAUGUUGUGCCUGAUUAUGAAGAAACACAUGUGGCUGAUCGAGUGAAUAAAUCUAGUGAUAAAGUGAAUGAUAUUCACAGUGUGAAUGAACAAAUGACUCAUGAAAGGCAUGAUAUUGAUACAGCUAAUAAACAAAUUGAAAAUGAAAAACAAAUUGGUACAAGUUUUAUAGUUCAACCAAAAUCUGAGGAGUUCGACUGUGAUAAAACAUUUACAUCAUCUGAUCAAUUUGGUCAAAAAUUAGAAAUGAAAGUGCAACAUGACGUUGAGAGGAGUGUUACAAACAAUGGUUCUGAAGACACAUGCAGCUAUGAUAUGUCAUUCCCUAGCAUCAGCUGUACGAUUCCUAACGUUGUGAAUUUAGAUCAAGACAGUGAAGACGUCAGUUUAUGUAUCAGCACAACGCUCAAUGAAUCAGAAAUAAAUCAAGAAAAGAAUGAAAAUAAUUCUUUGAUGAAGUCAGAUGAAAAGUAUAGUCCAUUCAAACAUCACAACUUUAAUAAAGUUAUGUCAAAUUCUUCGAUAAUUGAAUAUGAAGCGACAAAAUUAGCAAAAGCUUUAGAAAGUAAUGAAAGCAUGCAAUAUUCCAUGUUAGAUCAAAUUAAACCACCGUCUCCCAUGGGAAGUUUGCUUUCCCUCUCACAAAGUAUUUGCAGUAAUGUAGAGUUAGAUUUUGAAUCAAACACUGCUAGUACACAUAAAGUCAUGAGAAAUCCAUUGCCUGGAGCAUUACUCGUUCGGAGGGCUUUAAAUUCUUAUUUUUCAAAUAAUUCCGAUAGCUUUGACCAGAACUUAAACAAUUCAUUAUAUAACAUAGAUAGUGUUAAACCUCCAUCAGUGAUGAAUGAUUUAGAUAUGGAUAAUAGUAUAAAUAGUGUAGCUAGUAUAACAUCUGAAAUAGCAGAUAUAAAAUUCAGUAACUCACCCCCAUUACAACAUUCAUUUUUAAUGAAUUCUGUUAAUGAUAUUGAAGAUAUUAAUCCUCCAUCUUUGCUUGGUGAGAUGACACUUAAUGAUAAUAGCUUAUCUGAAAUUUCAGAGGCUAAAGAUAUAACUGUUACUCUUGACAAUAAUCUACCUCUCGAUACUCCGCCCAGUACUAGAAAAUCUUUAACACCAAAACAAAAUAGACAACUUGCAAAAGAACGUUAUUUGACUUACACUUUGCAACAAGAUUUGCUUAAUAGUGAUAAAACAUUGAAUGCAAGUGGACAAGAAGAGGAAAAUACAUCUAAUGAAACAUUAAAUGUUACAGUGUCCUCACCAAGUAAAUUGAAAUUAAAGAAAACUUGCAAGCAAAGAAGACAAGAAGACAGAGCCAGGUUUCAAACUCAGGUAUUGGACAUAAGUGAAUGUGAAACACCAGAGUCAAAGUCACCUCCUGUUGACACAAAUACUUUUGUUAAAAAAUCAAUCCGAGAGAAAAGAUUAAGUGAUGGCGAUCGAUUCAAAACGAGGAAUUUAGAAGCACAACUUGCUGAAAUUGCCAGUAGCAACACAAAUAUUGAUGAAGUUAAUGAAUUUGAUUUUAAUCUGGAAGACAUUCUAGCACAUGAAACAGAUUUAGUUUUAGGACGACUGAGUGAUGAAACACAAAAAAGUUCUACGAAUAAUUGUGGCUACUUGAAUUCUACUUUGAAUGAUAGCAAGCAAUUAUCUGGCCCACCUGCUUUCAUUGCAGAAUCUUCUCAAAUUGCAAUAUUAGAAAAUACUGUAGUCCUAAAUAAAACUGCAAACAUAUAGAAGAUUCAAAUCAAAUUUUAGAUCAAUCAAAAUCCUAUGUGAUAAAUAAUGAUGAAGAGAAUCAGAGUAGUAAAGUUUCACCAGUUCAUGCAGCAGGGCCUGAAAUAGUUAAACCUUCUCAAAAAGUUCAUGACGAAACUGUCACUAAAGUUGUUAGACCUCGUCAUAGUAAAUCUCCUUAUAUAUCACC